AUUUUGUAGAAAAUGUCGAAGUCAUCUUUAAAAAGAAGCGCUAAACAAAUGGGAUUUGAUACAACCAAAAGGACUAAGAAAGUAAAGAGUACAGGAGAUACUCAGAAGCAAGUCCAGUCUCUUCUAGCUCCACAUGAGGAGGAGAAAUAUCCUGAGAGUUUCGAGACGGAUACCAUCAAGAUCUAUUCUUGGAAUGUUAAUGGUAUCAAAGCUGUUAUUGGUAGAAAAGACCUCCAGAGUUUCAUCACAGAGCACUCUCCAGACAUUCUGUGUAUUAAUGAGACCAAGCUUUCUGAAGAAAAUAUAUUAAAGCUGAAGUUAAGAAGUCAUAUCCCUUCUGAGUACCAGUUGAUCUGGAACUGUUGUAAGAGAAAGAAAGGAUACUCAGGUUCUGCUGUCUUCACAAAGGUAAAACCCCUCAGUGUGGCAUAUGACCUUGGAAUUCCAAAACAUGAUACUGAAGGCAGAACAAUCACUUGUGAAUUUGAGAAAUUCUUCCUGGUCACUUCUUAUGUUCCAAAUGCAGGAGUGGGAAAAUUAGAGAGACUCGACUACAGGGUAAACGAGUGGGACACAGAUUUCCAAGACUACCUUCAAGGAUUGGAAAAAAGUGGCAAACCAAUCAUUUUGUGCGGGGAUCUCAAUGUUGGACACUUGGAUAUUGAUGUGCAUAAUCCGAAGGGGCUUAAGAAAUGUGCUGGAUUCACCCCUCAAGAGCGUGAGAGCUUUGGAAACUUCUUAGAUAAAGGCUUUAUUGAUACCUUCAGACAUCUUCACGAAGAAGAGCAGAAGUUCUCCUUCUGGUCUGCCAAGAAGCAGGCAAGAGCGUCAAACAAGGGAUGGAGGCUAGAUUAUUUCGUCACUUCAAAGAAUCUUAUUGACAAUAUUGACGACUCUGAGAUCCAUGAUCAAGUAAUGGGUAGUGAUCAUUGCCCUAUUUCCGUCACUCUAAACCUAAAGAAAGGAAUUGAGACAGGAGACGACUUCCUGAUGAAGUCUGGGAACAAGGAAUAG